AAUCACAUUUCCUGCGGGAAGGAGAAGGUGGAGUUUGGCCCUUUGUUCUAGAGCCUGGAGAGCUGGUCAAACAGGAAGAGCUGAUUUCAAAUUGCAGUUGUAGGGCUGGAGGAGGAGGAGGGUUGAUGCUGAGAGCCAGGCGGCACCAGAAGAAGCGCGAAAUAGGUGGAUGGUCAAGAAGUGCCAAGGCAGCUGCAGCUGCAACAAGGCCAGCUCCCAGGUGCUCUGCAGAGACAACGAGAACAGAGGACUUUAACUCAUGUAUUUUGAUGGCCUGAUCCCAAACUGCAAAGAUGUGUCGGCUGGGUCACCUUGACUCCAGCAGCGCCCAGAAGCUCUUGAUGAAAACAGGACUCAUCCUGAUAGUCAUUGGCCACCUAAACUUCAUCACCAGCGCUCUGGUCCAUGGGACGGUGCUGCGGCACAUUGCCAACCCGCAUGACACCAUUUCCCUGCAGUACGCCAUCUCCAACAUUGUGACCGUGAUCUCUGCCAUCUUGACAAUCUCCUGCGGAAUAGCAGCGAUUGUGCUCUCCAGAUAUGUAUCCCGGAAAUCACUGAGAUGGGCCGUUUUCUCCCUCAGCAUCAGCAGUGCCCUCCUCUCGCUGUUCUGCUCAGUGGGGCUGGCCGUCGCCAUCGUUUACACAUUCAUCAACAAUGGGCGAUCCCUCCUGGCUCGUUGCACCUUUGCCAACGUGGAUAUCAUCCAGAUUGCACACGAGUGCCCUUUUGACCCCACCCGGGUCUAUAGCUCUGCUUUGGUCCUUUGGAGCAUCUCCUUCCUCCUGGAUGCCAUAGAGAUCAUCUUCAGCAUCCGAUGCUUCCUGAUCACCCUUGCGCUCCUGAAUCUGAGGCUGUGUCACAGGCGGACACGCAAGAAGAAGGUACAAAUCUCCUUGCACCACCCUCCUGAUUCAGGUCUCCCUGCAGAUUGUCAUGCCUGAGACCAGAGAAAGCUGCGAGGGCCACAAUCUCCUGAGGUUGGACCGCAUGGAGACGGCGCGGCUCUAGAGGCCAGUUGUUGCCGCCGCCCAGAUUGCGGCUGCUCUUGCCGUGUCAUCUGGUGGCUUCCUCUGCUUCGCAGUCCAGCCUCGCUCCAGUCUGCAUGGACAUGGCCCCUCGUGCUUCCUCUCCGCAGUGGGCGAGGCCCAGAGCUUUGCAACUGGGCUCCAGAAGCAGGAGAACAGUGGCCUCCCUCGAGGCCCAAACCUUUUACUGCUCUGAUUAGCACUCUGGUGCUUUGUGCUGAGAAAUCGACCCCAAGAAGGAAGGGAGCUGCCGGGCCCACGUGGCUCCCGUGAGCAUCUGAAAUGACUCUGCGGGCCAUUGCACUGAGACAAAAAAAAAAACCUUUUAUUUUUGAAGCUAUUAAAAACAAACAAAGCCUGUGGUUCCCUUCCCCCUCCCGCUUCCUGCAUGCACUCCUGUGAUGGAUGGAUGAAGGACGGAUGCUUCCACUUCUGCAAUGGGGUGGAGCUGGGUUCUUCUCCAGAGCGGAGGGGUGGCAAUACUCUCAGCCAUUUCUGAGGUAGAAAGGGGGACUGGAGCUCUGUCGUGAGCAAACAGCCCACUUUGAAGAAGGAGGGUGGUGGGUGGCAUGGCAUUGAUCAACAUUGCUUCCUUGGACUAAUUGGGGGGACAAAUUUUGACUGGAGGGACUGCAAUUCUUGGAAGCUAUUUUGCAUUAAUUUAGAAGGCAGUGGAAACUGAUCUAUGGAAGAUGGCCUUUUCCUUCUAAGAAGGCGUGGUAGCAUUUGUUUGUGAAAUUGUAAAUUAAACUGACACUGCCUUCAGUAUGUUAGAAGGGCCAUCUGCAUUGAAGAUUUGGGAAAUUUAAAUUUAAUGCAUUAAUUUAACCAUUGACGGGUUAAGAGGCAGCUAAUUAAUCGGCUAAACAAGUUGUACAUUGGUCUCUGCCAACCUUGUGCCCUCUAUGUUUUGGAUUGUAACUUCCAUCAGCCUCAGCAUCAUAUGGUUGCAUGAGGCUGGGGCUGAUGGGAGUUGUAGUCCAAAACAUCUGGAGUGCACCAGGUUGGCAGAGGCCAUGGCAAACAGUGACAAACCUCACCACCUUCUGCCCCACUGGCCAUUUCCUCUUGCCUCACAGCUCCUUCUGCUUCUUCUCCAGCCUUGGGGGUCAAUUGCAAAGGGCACCAUCUCUCAGGGCCCCUCUGAAUACCAACCCCCAAUUUUAGCUUCCUACUAUUCAUCCACGCAGAACAGCAUAAAACAUUCCAUCACAUCUUGGAUAGUAGAGCUGGACAGCAAGCUUGUGAUGAUGCCCUCCAUUUCAGAAACAGUUGUGUGGGCUGUACCAUUCACUGUAUUUGACUGGGGUGCCUUCACAUUCCCUCACCCAGUUAAUCCUGCUUGCCACGCAUGCAGGAGCACAGUCUCCCCAACCUACUGCUAAAGUUCUAAGCCCAUGUCCACUGAGCCCCCUCCCCACCAAUUGCAAAUACUCACUGAAAUAGCAGGGCAGGGAAGAAUGGACUUCAGUGCACAUGUGGCAGGUGGAGUCUAAAGCUCUUGUCUGGGCAUGCUCUAUGCUUCUAGAGAUGGGUGGAUUAACAAAGAGGCAUUCCAGAGCCGGAGGACCAUUGGGGUGAGUGGUCUGGGGGGAACAGACUGAUUCAUUAGUGCAACAGUUCUCCUGGGUAGGCUGGGAUUCAUCUGGGCACGCCAUACCUGCUGCCUCUCCCCAUGGUGUCUCCUGCAGCCACACCCUGAGAACCCCAGCCUUCAUUUAAAGUGGACUUUCAGCUCUUGGUAAUUGUUGCUCUCUGCUUGCCCUCCUCCCCAAGAGCAGAAAUAAAAGCCCAACUCCAUAGAAGCAGGAAUGUGGGUGGGUGUUCACUAGGCACAUGUAUGCAAAGGAACAGAUUUUGAUUGCCUGGUUCCAGGUUUCCCAUUUAUUUAUUUGCAAAGCACACACCCAUGGGUUGUGUGGCCAAGCCCUACGUGGUUCUUGGCUGGGAAGGGAGGCAGCCAGAUCUGGCCAGCCUGCACAGGUAGUAGCCCAGCUGCCUGCUUCCGAUCUCUCACCCACAAUGCAGCAACAGGAACUGCCUCGCUGAAGCUCAUGGUGAAACAUGCAACAUGGACAACGUGUCUGUUUAUUGAAGCCUCAGUACUCUCUUAUUAGUGCUAGCUGAAUCUGAGCCAUCCAUGUGUAUCAAAUUGUAUAGUUGGAAGGGAAUCUUGAGGUCCAUCUAGUCCAACCCCCUGCAAUGCAGGAAUAUGCAGCUGUCCCAAACAGGGAUUGAACCUGCAACCUUGGCAUUAUCAGCACCAGGCUCUUAACCAGCUGAGCAUAUGGAUACCCUGGGUCAAAUCUCACACCCAUUCGUUGGUCUUAACUGAGUCAUUGCUCUCUCACAGCCUUCAAUCUGUAAUACAGGGAAUGAGAAGAUUGGCCUACCUUACAAGGAUGGUGGUGAAGGAUUAACUGGUUGUGCUCAAGAGGAAAUGGAA